AUGGAAGAUUGGUCAAAUGCAGAUGAUAAUUUUUUGCGUGGCGAAGAUGAAGGCUUGGAUUCGGCUUCUUGGCUGGAUGAAAACGCAUUCGCCUCAGAAUUUCCAGAAUUAUUUGGCGAUAUUCUGAAACCAGCCGAGGACCAUAGUGGCAAUGGCGGAUCGCAGUCAUCUGACUUGACGACAAUGUUUGAAGAAUUCGAUGCCGAAAUUGAAGAGAAGGCUCGAAGUUGUCAUGUAAACCAGUCAUGUAUCAAGAGUAUUCUACGCCAUUUAUUUAAAAACGAACAUGUGUUAAAUGUGAUUCGUGCCAUCCAGUUCGAUGGCUUCGAGGAUUUUGUGAUCAAAUGCCCAAGAAAAAUGACCCGCAGCAAAUCGAAACAGAAUGAACUUUCUGGAAACCAAGUUGAGAAACUGUUCGACGACGGUGCCUCUGGAGAAGAGCAGUUCGAUUUGGCAGAUGGUUGGCAGAUCCUGAAUCCGCCUCUUCCCGAGGACGAUGACAACUCUCCGUUGUCACAGAGUUGCCCUCCUCCGUCGUCAGCGACUGUUGAAAUCGAAGAAGCUUCGUUGAAAGAGGAACAAAAUUCUUGCAUCUGUCUACAGGGUGGAGGCUCUUCUCGUAACAUGCCAAACGAAUGUGGUGAAGAGGAUGCUGGCGACGAUGACUAUAUGUAUCGCGAAAGUGAUUCCGAAUUAAGCAAAGAGAGGACCACGUUGAUCCAAGAUCUGAAGCAGCCCCUUGAUCGCAUGCUCCAGCCACAGCCAAAUCCCGUCGAGCCGGAUGAGAAGAAAAAAGCGUCAAAUGAUGAAUGUUCGUGCACUCUUUUGGGUGAUGAUGGUGAUAAGCUACAUUUCACAGCUAUCGAGUUAAAUCAGCUGCAGUUUCAGAUGCGGAAGAAAUAUUUGAUGCAUUUAAAAGAGACGCACGGUUCUAAAUCCUAUUUCAACGUUCACAAUCUCGUUGAUGCUUACAACGUGGUGGAGUCUGCAAUCCUUCACUGUCCGGCCGACCGUGACCCAGGCACUAGCGACAUUAUUACUGGUGUACCACAGUGGCUCAUUCCCAGCUUUUUGUUUUCGGGUGCUUUUUUGUAUCGCAAACUCCUGCCUACAUUCUGGCAUUCUCGGAUAAGCACAGGCGUGAGGUCAAGAUUUUUUGUUUCAGAAAACAAUCUGUUUGCUCUCGGAUUCACGCAGUUCCGAUGUUUAAAAUAUUCACAGCGAUUCAAGCACGUGCAGCAAAACUACCUACCACAUAGGUCAGAGGAUCAGUUGCAACAUCACAUGCAGAAUAUGUGCGCUAAGAAGGACAACAACGUAAUUCGGAACUGUAAACUAUUGGAUGAAGAGCCAGUGAUUCAGCGGGAUACGGAAUCGUUCGACCCAUUGAAAGCGAAGCCGCCGUGUUUUUGGAGGCAGAGCUGUCGACCGACCUGGAUGAGGAAAUUUGUUAAUAAUCGACUAUUGGCGUCAUCCAAGUUGUCUGCAUCGAACAACAGCCAAUUGUCCGGUGUAUUUGAAUUCAAUAGUGGAUUAAAGAUUCCGUUUAAAUACAGUUAUGGAAUUUUAAAACUGUCGGUACCUCCCAAUAAUAUCUCGUCAUCGCCCACACUUGUUGAUCCUAGCACAUCGUUUUCUAGACUCACUGCUGAACAGCUCUCUUGUUUCAAUAACAGCCUUAGCCAAGGAACAGCGCCGAAAGUGCUAGUACAUUUGGUUGGUAAACCAGCGCAAAUUUCGAAGCCAGUCGCUUCUUCCGUGACUGUAACGCCACAGUCGGGCGUCGAUGCGAACGCUGUCACAGUUCCUCCGCAACGGCGCAGACGACGUCGUAAGCGGAUGGUGGAACCCAUUGCAGAGAAGGUGUCUUCCACAAGUGGCCAUAUGAUCAAACGCGCGAAACUAGAUUCAGCUCAAGCGGCGUUCAUCAGACAGCCGCGACAUGACCAGCAGGUAAAUGUACAUUCAGAGGUUGUCGACGGUUCUACCGUUUAUCCAGUGACAGUAGCACUGCCUCAGCUACGCUCCGAUACCUCUCCCGUCUUACAGCCUGUAUGCGAUAUUCCUGUGAAUACAUUGACUGUUCAAUCUUUGCCUGUGACUGUCUUGCCAAUGGCACCGAUUUUGUUGAUGCCGAUGGUGAAUGUGGUCGUGCAGCCGGUUGUGAAUAUGGAGAUUGGGGCACCACGAGAUACACGUUUGGUACCUGCAGUUUCAGAUGUUUCCGCGCUUCAGACCGCCAGCGAUCUCAGCGCACAGCCAUUGCCAGGACUGCAGCCACCGCCGGUACUAUCAUCGCAGUCACUAACCGUACCAGCGCCGAAACCAGCGCCGCAGCCAUUACCUGUAUUGCCAACGCAGCUAUUAUCGGCACCUUUAGCGCUUCCGUUGUCAGUCGCGGCGGAUACCGCAGCUGCAAGCCAGCCCGUUUCCUGCUUGACGACGGUUUCGCAUACCACCGUGACUGUCUCUGACCACUGUGACGUUCCGAUGACGUCAUCAUUGAUCGACUCAUGUGUACAUAGAAGCGAAAAACGGGUUUUUGAAACACAUUCUGAUCUCCUGCAACCUUUGACAUUGGUCGUCGUUAAAACAGGCCAGAACUUAGCUAUGCCAACGGUGGGUGUCGUUGCGCGCACGUCCGUUACCGGUUGCAUUGUUGCCGUUCACCCAACGAAAGCAACUUCAGAUUUGGAUCCUCAGUGUGAUUCUCUUGGCAGGUCUGACGAGAAAAUGUCGUUACAGUUGCGCAAAAAGCGUUCAAGAAUGGAGCGUGACUCAGACGCAAUGAAGGCUAUGCUGAGCUAUUCGCAUCAACUGGAACUGAUGGUGUCUGAAGCAAUCACAGAACGUUACACUAAAAUGCUCGAGGAAGCGCUCUUCAUGCACAAAUCGAAAUGGACGCAGUUCGUUGAGGUAGUGCAUUCUUUACAGCCGACUGACGACAUUCCGCCGGUGCGUUUGGUCUUCCAUGCCUUUCCACACUACGUUUUCAUUCGUUGCCUCUUGCAGGUGUUCGUUUCGUUACUGAACAUCCUCAACGCAGAACCGAAAGCGAGCCCAUUUCUGUGCGAUCUCCUGCUACUGUUGUUCAUGAACGUUCAAGACGUGAUCAACGUCGGUCUUUACGUGUUGCAUAAAAAUUACAGGCUGGCGUUGUCGUAUCUGGUAAAGUUCUACGUGAGUGUUCCUGACAGUUGUUCCUCCUUUACGCUGUUUGAAGAGCGUUGGCGCUACAUGUCGGCCGUGCGGCAUCGAGCAAUCGAAUGCUCGACAAUUCGCGCGAUUAAAGAGUGCCACAAUUGCCGCGAUUUCCAUGAUGCGCUGCGAUUUUUAUCAGAAACAGAGGUUCCCGUUUGGAACGAGAUGAGGGAAUUACUGCCGGGUGAAGAAGUCUCUGUUAACCUAGAAAACGAUUACGAAACUCUUGAUGUCUCCGUAAUACCAGACGGAACUGAAUUCUAUGAAGAUUUUUCGCUGAUGGACAUUGACCGGGAUCAUCUCGGAUGGGAGUCGGAUACUAGCGACGAAUCAGCCGACGAGAUUCUUGAUGCGGCAGGCGUGUGCGAAGACAAGAAUACGAAAAUUGUUUAUUUGGAGCCCUUGUGUGCUACUAGCGCAGAAGACGUUGCUGUGGAAGUCGAAUCUAGCGUUGAAGGAUCAGUCACAGACCAAGUCGUGGCCGAUGCUAAUAUUGAAGUAAAUUUGAAGCAUGACUGUGAAGCAAAGUGCGUGCCAUCUUCUUCGGGUGAGACGGUGAAUCCAGCAAUGAACGCGGCUUGCAUUCGCACUAAGGGCUUCGAGAUUGGGGCGGCGGAAGAUUCUUAUCCACCCUGGUGUGACUCCUUAGUGUCGUUCGGCUCAGAUGACAGUUGGAGCCAUGAUUUGCUGCGACAGGCAGUGAUCGACACGUUCGGCACGUCGCGAUUUGCAGUCGACUCAAACCUGGACAAUGACGGCGGUGCGGUGCCUGGUUAUGACGUACCAGUCGAUCCGCAGUCCCUCAGCGAAGAUAACGACGGCUUCGGGUGUGCGUUUCCGUUGCCUUUCACCACAACAACGGGGGAGUGGAGCUGGCUGAGGUCUCUGUUAGCUCACUUGGCCGACACCGGAUCUGUGUUGCCAGCCCUAGAAAACUUUGUCAAGGAAUUUCCCGAUACAUCGCUGUCAUCUGUUAGCGCCGCGAUUAAACUGCAGUUGUCUGCUGAUUCUCAUGCGCAUGAAAACGGCUUUCUUCUUAUCAACUGCUUGUACGUGUUUUACCUGUAUGCUUGCAGCUUGGCGGCGAUGGAAAUCGAGGUGUGGCCAGCUGACAUGAUGCUCAGCUCAUUCGACGCCAGGUCCUUGCAGCUUCUGGAAAGUACGGUUGAGGAGCUUGAUGAAGGUAAAGCAGACGAUAUGGAAACGGACACGUUAGAAACCUAUGUUCAGAAAAACUUGUAUCCGGUCUACGUAUGUCUGUUUCCUGCUUCGAUUGAUGCAAUCGUUUAUGGCUUAUUGGCGCCGUUGUUUCGUGUGCCGUUCGUGCACAAUCCGCUUAGGGAUCACUUGAAGUACUGCGACAACCUGACGAAGUUCGUUGAUCUCAUUAGCACGGCGUACUUGCCGAUAACUGGAGCGGACAAGCGUGCUCACACGUUGUCGGUGAAAUAUUGGAACGAAGUUUGCCUGAAAGCUGUCAACGAGAUGGAAGAACAGAAAGCGAGGUCGGAACAGUCGAGCAGCGAGUAUCGCUUGAGAGAUAAGAUCGGUUUUUUCUUGACAGCUGCUGUUUUGACCCUGAUUUUCGCUGUACAUUUUAACUUGAUCAAGGUGCUUUUGUGCCACCAACAGACGAUACACGCGGCCGUUCCGUGUCUUGAGUCUACUGCCAGCAGUUGCCCAACUGUUUCUCGCCGUUUUGCCGUUUACGUCAAGUCGCCGCAAGUGUUCCAGGGCGAUGAGGUAAUUUUCUUUGCUCUCGAACUUCGACCGACGCUUUGUUGCCGAAUGUAA